AUGGAUAUAGACACCUACGAGCUUCAUACUGAUCUUGGUGACGCUCAGCCCAAAGAACGAGACCACGACACACCUGAUCUCGGUAACGCUCAGCCUGAAGAACGAGAACACGACACACCUGAUCUUAGCGACACUCAGCCUGAAGAACGAGACCAUGGCGCACCUGAUCUUGGUGCUGCUGAUCUUGAUCAAGACACUAGACCUGGAGCAACUUCACUGCAUGGCGCAACUGGAAGAUAUUCAAGAUGCGAUGGCAUUCAUCACUGCUUUGCGAAAAGCAAGCUUCGAAACCCUCUUCGUGAACUCCCUGACUCGGACACCACUGACCCCGACCUCAUUCUCUCAUUAAAGUUUUAUUUCGCCAAUACCACGAUCAAAGCCUAUAAUACUAUCCGUGAUGCUACCAUGGAACGACAUCCCGACGACGAUAUCUACAGUCAUCAUCGGAUCAAGCGUACUGCUGCGGAAAUCAGUGGAGUUGUUCCAAUCGUCCACGACAUGUGCCCAAACACCUGCCUUGCCUUUACGGGUCCAUAUACUGAUAUCGAUCAUGAUGAAUGCCCGAGGUGUGGAGAGGAGCGCUGGGACACAAAGAAGAGCACUGCGCAGAAAAAGGUCGCUUGUCAGACAUUCGAUACCUGUCCAGUUGGGCCGCAAUUGCAGGCUCUAUGGCUUCACCCCGAUCAUGCAGAGAAGAUGCGUUGGCGCGUUUUUAUAUUAAUCUACCGACUAGUACUAUUAAAGGUAUACAUGCACAAAGCGGCUCUACAGCUCGGCUCGGCUGGACCCACCGAAAGGAACGGCGCCGGUAAUGAUGCAGAUGAGGAGUAGCUGAUGGAUACGAGGCGGGAUGGUGGGAUGGCGGGAUGGCGGAGGCGGGCGCGGGAACAGCAAUACCACGAGCACCUAACCAUCGCGAUACCCAUAGAUACAUCAUUCAAUAGCAUUAGAUACCUAUUCACCCCACCCAAAUGGAACAUUUUCAACGCAUAUAUGCAUCUAAAAGUGAUCUAAAGCCAACGAGAAUCGUAUCGAAGCGCUAAAUGUUCGUUUCGAUCUCUAUCUUUUUUCGUCUCGAAAAGUCCCACUUUUC